AUGUCCCAAGGCCUGGUUGGAUCGCUCUCACCUCAUAUAGGAAACCUUUCCUUCCUCAAAAGUAUCGUUCUUCAAAACAAUAGCUUCCACGGCCCAAUCCCACAAGAGAUGGGUCGCUUGUUUCGGCUACAAAAAUUAGAAUUCAGCAACAAUUCGUUUGGCGGUGGAAUACCCAACAACCUUUCUCGCUGCUCAAAACUUGAAUGGCUGAACUUGGUCGACAACAACCUAGCCGGAAUCAUCCCAGCCGAGUUGGGCUCUUUGUCAUGGCUUGGAACUUUAGCCUUGAGUAAAAACAAGCUUUCAGGAACCAUCCCUCCUUUCAUUGGAAACCUCUCAUCUCUUUCCAUUCUCUCUUUAUCAGAAUGUAAUUUGCAUGGGAAGAUUCCGGCGGAGCUUACUAGGCUUCAAGGCCUGAUACGUGUCUGGUUAAGGGGGAAUAACCUAUCUGGCAAGGUUCCAGCUGGCCUUUACAAUAUCUCCACCAUCAUUUUGUUAUCAGUAAGUGUUAACCUACUUGAAGGAAAUAUUCCUCUUGAUAUAGGCUCCACACUUCCUUAUCUCAAGUUUCUUUAUUUUUCGCAAAAUUUGUUUACUGGAACACUUCCUACUUCACUGUCAAACGCUUCAGAACUUGAAGAUAUAUUCUUCCCUGCAAAUGAUUUCAGCGGGACAAUGCCGACAGAUCUUGGAAAACUUCGGGGUCUUCGAUGGAUAGGUGUUUUCCAAAAUCGGUUGCAAGAUGACCUCACUUUUAUUUCAUCUCUAACAAAUUGCACCAGUUUAGAAUCUAUUGAUGCAGGUAACAAUUCUUUUAGAGGUUCAUUGCCUGACUCCAUAGCAAAUCUCUCCACAUAUCUUGGUGUUAUAAGUUUGGAGAUUAAUCAAAUACAUGGAAGCAUUCCUUCAGGCAUUGGAAACCUCCUCAACCUCUCUGUCUUAUCUAUGGCAGCAAAUAAUCUUGCUGGCCCUAUUCCAUCCUCCAUUGGCAGACUUUAA